ACACUCUGUGUUCUCCGUCGGUAUCUUUACCGGUUCAUGUGAUGGAGGACUGGAGGAGGACCGAUGGAGGUUGCGGAUCUCUGAUCCCGUCGUGAUGAACCCAUUUGACGGCUCCGGUUCUCCUCGACAUGAGGAGGCAGCGAACAGCGGGGACAGCCGUGGUCCGUGGUCCCGCUUCGCCUCCUGGUUGGAGUGUGUGUGUGUCGUUACCUUCGACCUGGAGCUCGGACAAGCCAUAGAGCUGGUGUAUCCUCCAAAUGUGAAACUCACUGAGAAGGAGAAAACCAGCAUCUGCUACCUGUCCUUCCCUGACUCAUACUCCGGAUGCCUCGGUGACACUCAGUUCAGCUUCAGGUUACGUCAGUCGGUUGGACGCAGAGCUUCAAGGUUCAGAAACGACGUUUAUAACCAAGACGCUCCUGUCACUCUGCAGAGGGAAAUGUCCCAUUUCUUUGGUUACGUCUAUUUCAGACAAGUGAAGGACGUCUCGGUGAAGAGAGGAUACUUCCAAAAGUCUCUGGUGUUCGUGUCCAGGUUGCCGUACACUCACCUGUUCCAUUCGUUGCUUCAGAACGUGGCACCUGAGUUCUUUGAGAAGCUGGAGCCCUGCCUCGAAGCAGUUUGUAACGAGAUCGACCAGUGGCCUUCACCCGUACCUGGGCUGACCCUCAACUUGCCUGUGAUGGGUGUGGUUUUACAGGUGAGGAUUCCUUCGAAAACCGACAAGCCAGGAGGAAGUCCGGUCAGACAGGCUGCUAAAGAGAACCUCCUGCCGGCUCCGACUCUGCUGCCCACCAUUCACGAACUGGACCUCUUCAAGUGUUUCCAGUCACUGCUCAUCCACCUGCAGAUGCUCUGGGAGCUCAUGUUACUUGGGGAACCGGUGGUCGUCAUGGCGCCAUCUCCCACCAUCUCCUCAGAGACCGUUCUGACUCUUGUCAGCUCCAUCAGUCCUCUGAAGUUCUGCUGUGACUUUCGUCCUUAUUUCACCAUCCAUGACAGCGAGUUCAGAGAGUACACCACCAGGACACAGGCCCCACCUAACGUGGUUCUGGGAGUUACCAACCCGUUCUUCAUUAAGACUUUUCAGUCCUGGCCUCAUAUCAUCAGACUGGGAGAGAUCAGGAUGGCAGGUGAUUUACCUAAACAGGUGAAGGUGAAGAAACUGUCCAAACUGAAAACACUCGACACCAAACCAGGGAUCUACACGGCGUACAAGACGUUUCUACACAAAGACAAGAUUCUGAUUAAAAGACUGUUGAAGGGUAUUCAGAGGAAGAGACCUUCAGAGGUUCAGAGCGCCAUCUUGAGGAGACACCUGUUAGAGCUCACUCAGAGCUUUAUCAUCCCUCUGGAAAGGUACAUGGCAAGCCUGAUGCCUCUGCAGAGAUCUGUGACGGCCUGGAAGACUCCUCCGCAGAUUCGACCCUUCAGUCAGGACGAGUUCAUGUCCACUCUGGAUCACACCGGGCCUCAGCUCACCUCAGUGCUCAAAGGUGAUUGGAUGGGACUGUACAGGAAGUUCUUCAGGUCUCCGAACUUUGACGGUUGGUACCGUCAGCGACACAAAGAGAUGACUCAGAAACUGGAGAGUCUUCACCUGGAGGUCAUCUGUGAUGCUGACUUGCUCAGUUGGACCAAAGAAAAGUCUGAGGUGGAAAUUGUCGAUCUGAUUCUGAAGCUCAGAGAGAAACUGAUUAAAGCUCGCAGGCAGCAGCUGCAGGUGAAGGACGGAGUUUUGGACAAACUGGACACUUUUAUAAACUCCAUCACCGGCUCACUGCCGGAAGACCUGCAGACUGUACUGAACACACACUGACACACACUGACGAACUGAAACACACUGAAUACACACUGACACACACACACUGACGGCUGCUCUUUUACCAGAUCAUCUCAGUUUGCAACCCAAAACCUAUGACACGGGAAUAAAUUCUGUAAAUUUAGGUCUGACUAAUCUUAUGAAUAGAAGCUUUGAGGCUUGAGCUUCAUGAUGCCUUCUUUAAGUUGAGAUGUGAUUACAUGUGAGGACAGCAAAUAAAAGUAUGGGAACAUGUUACAGCUGCUGUUUGUUGUUUUGAAGCAGAGAUGAAUCUGUUGCUCUGGAUGUUUCGGUUAUCAGCAGAAAAUAUCAGGACAGCUGCAUGACGAAAAGUCACAAUGCAAAGAUUAAAACAAAUUCUUAAGUAAAAAGCAAUGUUAUGACUUUUUUCAACUUAAAAACUUUCUCCUAAUCGUCUCAACUUAAAUGUCUCAAUUUAAAACUUUACUACUUAAUUCCCAAAAUAUGACCUCACCCAAAAUAUAACUUUAUUCUCAAAAUGACUUCAUUCCUAUCUUAACUUUUUCUCAAAAUAUUAUGACUUCAUUCCUGAAAUAUUACGACUUUAUUCCUGCAAUUUUUGACUGUUUCUCAAAAUAUUACGACUUAAUUUCCUGAUACCUUGUCAUAAUAACAGAGAUGUUGUGGAUUCAUUUUCUUUUCACUCUGAAACUAACUUGCAGUCAUUUAACGUUCAGCGUCACAAACAUAACAUUAUAGAAUAUUUGUAAAACCUGUAUAAAUGAAAAUCCACAAAGAACCACACAGUUCAUCAAAGACAAAAAGCUAAAAAAAAAUGUCUGUUUACCUCUGCUAUAUAAUGAUGUGUGUUUGAUUCCACUUUAUUUGUUAGACUUUGAUUAAAUGCUGAAUUUUCCAUAUAACUUCACACUGACCACAGAUGAAGUGAUAUUUUUCUAUUAUUGAAUCACAGCUGUAAUCCACAAACUCUAACUGAUCCUCGCGAAUGUAACACUCACAAUAAUAAUGAUAAUAAUGUGUUUACGUUUAUGUCCUGUUUCUCCCGAACUGUCUGUAAAUAUUUUGUUUUGUUUUGAGAAGUAAAACUUGAAUCAUGUUCA